AUGGAGAAGAAGGCCAUCCGCGAGAAGUCGAGGCUUUACAAGAACACGCUCAACCAGAGGCUUGACGCCAUCCGCGACGAGGUCUGGGACCACGCCGUCGAGCUCCAUGACGAGCUGGGUAAGCAUAGCGCGGUAUGGUACUACCGGCUCAUUCUCCACCAGAGCAAGUUUCGCUUCAAGGAACCGCGGGCCCUGUCGCUAUGGAAUGCCUUCGUAAGCAAGGAGCUUCGCCUCCAUAACAAAGAGAUGAAUACGAACGACCGCGUGUCGUCCGAGUUCAUCAAGAACUUGGCCGACCGCUGGCACGCGAUGUCCGAGGAGGAGCGGGAGGACAUGUGCCGCGACACGGUCGAAGCGCUCAACGAGCGGCGCGAAGAGCGGGGGCGCGCCAUCCCCAACAUCGCCAUCGCGAAUUUCAACGAUUCGCGUGCGACGUUGAUGGCGGUGGUCGAAGAGCUUGACGGUCUCCACGAGCGCACCGGCGUGGAGGUCCUGCUCGUCGCGGUGCGCGGCGACCGGGCAAACUACCUCAAGCCCUGGGUCUACCGGUCCAGCGAGCGCAUCGAGGAGUUCAUCGAGCUGCUCACUGGCAAGGCGUUGGGCACGCUCGCCGCGCGCAUCGAAGCCUGGUGCCUCACUGGUCUCAAUGGGUUGACGCAGAAGCACAAGAGCACCGUCCUGGACCUGAAGUCCAAGAUCGGUGCUCUCAUAAUGGAGAAGCUUCAGGCGAUGUCCACACGGGGGAGCCCCCCCGCGAUGUGGUACAGCGACUUCCCCAAGAGAAUUACCUACAAGUUCGGCGUCGUCCUCGAGAACUGGCCACUCGAGACCUUCCAGGCGCCCGGCCGCUUCAACUCCCUCAAGUUUCUCAACGUGCUCCGCUCAGCAUGGGAGAGCGGAACGACGCGCUUUCGGUCGCUCACCAACGAGGAGCUCCUCACUUGG